CCUUCAAACAAAAAUUAUUUUUCUCUCAAAACAUUUCAAAUACUAAAUUUUUUUCACCAUAAACAAUGAGCCCUACACCUUCAUUUCAUGAUCACCAUGCAAAAACCAGCAUUAACGUGAGUCUAUGUCCUCCGCCGCUCAAAAUCAAUAAAGACUCUCACAUGAUCAAGAAAUCCUCCUCCUCCUCAUUGUCGUCGCCGCCGUCCUCUUCCUCCUCCUCCUCGGGUUCCUCCUCCGCGGUGGCUGGCCCGGCUAAGCCGCCUCAGCAGCAACGUCAUCCGGUCAUAAUCUACACACAUUCACCGAAAAUAAUUCAUACACAUCCUCGGGAUUUCAUGGCAUUGGUGCAGAAACUCACCGGAAUAUCACGUACGGACGACGAUGAUGAGCGGAAGCCUCAAGUUGUUAAGCAAGAAAAAGGUAACCCUACAUCGGAGGAAGAUAAAAAGAAUUUAAAGAUCGUUGGAAAUGAAGAUAAUGAGUCAUCGUCGGUUAUCACCGACGAGAAUUCGGCGAUCACCGGCGACGGUUCACAGGUUAAUUCUUGUUUUGUGCCUCCGAUAUUUGAGCCGCCGAAUCCUUAUAUGACGAAUAUUCCGGUUUUUACACCAAAUUCAGCUGAUUUUUUAUGUGCAAAUCAGCACCAUCAUCGCCGUCAGCCAUUUUAUAGUUAUACAGAUUCUUUAUAUUUUACCUCACCGGCUAACAUUAGGAGCUCCAUUUCGUCGUCGCCGUCGCCAUUGGAGGGGAUAAACGAGUUCCGUGAAUAUUAGAUAAAUUACCAUUUUAUUCAUUUUAUUGUUAUUAUUUUCAGAUAGAUCCAAUAAGUUCAGAUAGAAUUUGUUAUUUUAAGAAUAAAUUACAAGUUAUAGACUUAUAGUUAAUAAAUUACAACAGGAAAAGAUAGAUUACUUAUUUUUUAUUUACUUGAUUCAUAUUAAAUUUCUUUUAUUUUUA